CACAACCCUGCACCUGGUGGGAUUCAGCACUGGAGAAAUGCCUGUCUAAAGACUGGAGUUGGGCUUUCCUUUUAUAUAAAUUGAGUAAGUUUACAGGGAAUCUCUUCUUACAGGGAACACACAGAGAAUUCUGUUUCUUUGUCAAUCUCUGACUUCUGCCAAGUGCUCAGCUUUCAUUCCAGAUCUGUUCACCAUCAGCCCUAUCUUCAAUUUAUUCCAUAUAAGUUGAGAUGCUGUAAUUGGACUUCUCCAAGUCUGCACAGCCUUGUCCUAAAGUACGUCAAAUGUCUUAUCCAGGCUUUGAUUACUCUGAUGGACUACAGACAUCCUGUUUGUUUGUUUAUUAGGCAGCUUCUUAUCUCAGUUGCAGACUUAGGAAACUCCAUCAUUUCAGUUGCACAGCUCCAGCAAUUAGGCUUCCUGCUUUUCUGAUCUGGCUGGUGCUACCAUACCCUUUGUAAGGACCAGGAGAAGGAGGCAUAAGAAAGAAAGCAUCACCACUGGGAGCAGUCAGCAGUAUAAGCUUCUUGGGAAUGAGAGCCAGUGCAAAGCAGGAAGUUUGUCAGAGGAUAUGUGAUUACCACACUUCAUCCCACGCUGUGCUCAUAUAAGGAACACUUAGCUCUGCAGAGCCUCCUGGAGAUGACCCUGUUCUUCCCAGGACAAGUAACUUGCACUUUGCACAACAAAACAGCUUACCCGAACAGAAUAUCAUUGGUCAGAAAUUGCAUUAAAUGGGAGCAGAAGACCACAGGAGCCUGUGGCUGGAAUGGCAAAAAAGGUACAGUUACUGUAAUUGAGGCAGAAGAAAUGUAUUGCAGUGGAGGGUUUUGUGAGCAUGACGCAUAAUAGGGUGAUUGCCAUGGAAAGAGUAAUUUGCAGCGUUUAAAAUACUUCCUCCAGUGGUGAGAAGAUCUGCAGAAAAUUAUUAAAGGAUCUCCCACUGCCAUCCUCUACUCCUACCUGAAUGGAAAAAAUAUUAAUGCUGCAUGAGAUGUUCCGGUGCAGUGGGCACAACCCCUCUCUGCAGAACACUGCCGAGGACCCAUCCUCGAUGAUAUUCAGAGCCCAUAUGUUCCUGACACCACCUGGGACACAGGGAACUGUCAACCAGGUCAAAUGCUUGUUCAGACUGAAAGAAAACACUGUGGUUCACACAUCCACUGACAAGGGAUGUCAUUUGCUUGGGCACAGCUUCUUUUCCUCUGAAACCUACCAGCCUUGCAGUGAUUUCUGGGUGUUUCUGGAUGGCAGGAAAAACCUACACAUCCCAGAUCUCAGAUAAUCAUCCCUGUAGCUUCUCCACCAAGGAAAAGCCAAAUACAGCAGGAAACUGAGGCUUUUGGUUUAAUGAAGCAUUUCUUUGAAGUCAUGCUGAGUGACUGUGCUGCACAUCUGCCUGUCUGCAUGGGGUGGGCCAUUUCAACUUCCUUUUCUGAGGGAGCACCAAGACAGCUACAUAUGCACCAGAACUUCAUCAAGUGAAGAUGAAAGCAAGGUGGCUUUUCUCUCUCUUUUGUUUGCUCUCAAUGCCCAGUGUCACAGGUAAGAGUGCUGAUCUUUUUUUACAGACAGAAGUGGUCCACGCUCCACCAGGUACUGACAUCACCCUGGUGUGCAUGUUCCCAAAAUUGCACAGCACCCACAUCAUACAGACACAGUGGUCCAAGACUGACGGCAGCCCCUUUACCAAAAUAGCUGUAAAUCACCCCACCUAUGGCACCCAUUACUUCAAGUUUUCUGAGGCUCCUUACAACUUUUCAGUGUCCUUCAGCACAAGGAUACGCUGCAGUGGUGAUGACACAGGGUCCUCGUGUUCCACCAAUCCAAAUGCCAUGUCUGAAUGCAAUUGGUUGCUGCACCUGGAAAAUAUUACCGUGUCCCUUACUGGGCAGUACGAAUGCAUUUUUGCUACCUACCCAUAUGGAACAAAGGCUGCAAAAAUUCAACUUACUGUCAAGGCAGAAGCUUACCCUGAGAUCUUCAUUAGCUUGGAGGAGAGCUCAGCCAGCACCUCGCAGAAGCCUAAUGUGAGCUGUGUCAUGAGGAAGGCAUUUCCCAAGUCAAGCCUCCUGCAGUACAUGGACAGAGCAAACGUGACAGAACAGCCUGGAGAAAUUUCUGUGGUACAAGAAGACUUGCAGGACACUGAAGAUUUCUAUGAGUUGAGAUUGACACUGAUGUUCGAAGGGACCCAUAAGACACAUAAGACAUUCUCAUGCGUGUGUCUGUUUCCCUUCCUGGGAAAUGAUAUGAAGAUUAUUUCAUCAAAAGAAAUAUUUGUUUCCUUUCGCAAUAAGUCUAAUGAAGCUUUAGCUGAAGUUUUUACUACCACGGUUUCAGAUGACUUCAGAAAUUCGACACUUACAUCAGCUGUUAUGACAGCCUCAGAGCACCAGUCGACAUCUGUGGCCUCUCUGGAUUUCACAAAUCCAGCAAAUUUGACUCCUGCUUCCACAACACAAGCAAGAGCGCUAACUUCUACCACAGAGGCAAAAGGCUACACCAGUGCCACGGCAUUCAGCGAGGCUUUGACAACAGCACGUAACCUGUCCUACAGCAUCACAGAUCAGACAAUUUCAGUUAUCAGAGGAAAAGAUUUCUUUCCUACCAGCAGCCUGCUGAACACUACUGGUGACAGGAGGAACGCCAAAGCCAGUGGCUUCCCCUGGCCAACAGCGGUAGCUGUCCUGCUCCUCCUCUGCAGCACUCUGGUAGCUUUAGGCAUCAGGAAAUGGUGUCAGUACCAGAAAGAGAUUAUGAACAGACGUCCAUCUUUUAAGCCACUGCCACCUCCAAUAAAGCACACCUCCAUGGUAGAGUCUGAUGGGACUCCCCCAUCCUGCCACGAACUAGAAAGCCUGUAACACCACCUGCACCCCUUGUGUAGCACACAGAAGACUAGCACAGUUAAAAGGCUCUGCCUUUGGAACAGUGGUUACGGGAGCUUGGUGGUAAUGACACAUAUUAAAAAUCAGAGCUCCUACAUGACAUUAAUUUUGGAAGCUGAGCAUUUCUUGGGAGACUCCUUUCAUCCUGUGUAUCUCUAUGUAUGCACUGCAUUCGUAGUAAGUGUCGCUGUGAGAUUACACUUGCUUAAUUUGAAUUGGGUGAUGAACUAGGAAUUUGCUAUCUUGUCCAUGGUAGCAGAUUAACACAUGAGUCUGCCAGCCUGACUGAAGAGUGUUGAAGCUUGUCCAUCUAUUCAAUGUAUAGAGAUGACAACUCUGCUGUAUGAACAUCACAGGUACUCAGCAAACAGUGGCUGAACACAAGAUUUUGAGACCUACACGAGCUGUUAUUGCAAUUAUUUAUUUUUUAUUGUGGACUAAUAUAACCCAACAUGUAAUUUUCUAUCACUGUGAAACCAAAAGAAAGAAUCAGCACCAUACACAGACAGAAAAUACCCUGCAUCUCUUGGCACAGGAUUGCAGCACUGGAUCAUGGAGGGUGGUUGGUGAGAUGAAAGAUCACCAGCCCCGGUGCAAGUGUAUGUAGAGAAGUCCCAGCUGCCAUUGGUGAAGUCACAAGAAAGUCAAUUUUGGUCCAGAGUCUUAAGAACUGAAGCAAGCCUAGAGUUAAUGGAAAAUUCUAGUCCUUUUGGAAGCACUAUGCCUUUGAAAUAAUACUUACUUUUAAGUCUGCUUUUCAGAAAUUAUAUUUACAGUAUAUGUGAAGGAAAGAAAUGUACUACUUUUAUUUUUCUUUGGUCUUAAUGAGCUUUCAUCACAUACUAUCUUCACAUUUUCCAAGACCUCAGGGGCAGUUUCCCAGGUGAACUUAAGCGUAAACUUAAGCCACAGGCUUAAGCCUGUGAAAGAGAUGAUCCAGUCUUCCCCCUGUCCUGCCCAAGCUACAGAUUUCCUCAUAUUGACACUAAUGAAUAAAUGAUGGUGCAGUGGGUGAGCUUGGCUUGGCCCUCUGCACAGCUCUCAGCCAGGUCAGCAGCUGUGUGAUCACCAGUGCAAGGUACCAGAGCUACAGGAGGAGCUCUGCUUUUGGCAGCAACUGCGGUACCUUCAGGCAGCCAAGAAACCAUCCCUCUGAGCUUGUUUAGAAAUGUAUUGUUACCGCAAUGGUAUUUCUGUAAUUAAUGCAAAUCAGUUAAAUUUCAAUUAUGUCAGGCUUAAAAUUGAUAUUUUGAUUUAGGAAUGGGAUUUGCUUUAUUUACUGCUAAACACUGGUCAAUGAGUGUCAGGGUUCAGAGCACUGUAUUUCCUGGGACUCUAGAUUAAAUGAAUGGCUUACUGGAAAAAAUGAUCUAACUGACCUUUUUUAGAAUAUUUUGUUGUAUUAUUUAUGUUGUAGUACAAACAGUUCUAAAUCCAUCAUCUGUGCUAAACAGAAAACACUUUUUUUCCUACAAAACCAUACUGACCUGCUAUGCAUGGAAAUGUCAAUGUUAAUUUGAGUAUUUCUUGUCUGUGUUGUAGAAGGACAGUAGUUUAACUUUUGUCAUGUUACCAAUCACUGCAAAAGAAGGCAGGUUGUUGGCCUUGAAAGCAAAUUGGAAAAAAAACACAAACAAACAAACAACAACAUCAAAAACCCAAACAGAUGGAUAGUAAUAUUCCAAGGGGUGUGGAGAGCCAGGACGUUCUUCCUUAUCAUGAGACCACUAUUCACAGCAGCAUAUAGACUGAAGGGGGCUAUUUUAUUGUCUCGGGUAUUCUGAUCCCCACGGGUGCUUCUGGCUGGAGAUGUUCCUUCUGACCGUGAGCAGCACUCAUGGGUGUCACCGCUUCCUGCAGUGAGCGCCGCUCCCCGACCGCACACUCCCGAAGGCUGCUGCAGCAGUCUCUGCAAGCGGUGCUCCGCAGGAUGCCCGGGAGAGCUGCCCUGGCUGGGGCGCUCCCGGCCUCUCCCGAGGGCUUUCUUCAAAUCCCUGCGCCAGGACACCCGGGCGGGCAAGACGCCCGCGCUCCCGUCACUCACCAGUAGGUGGCGUCGCGGCACCGCGCCCGGCGGCGAGUGGGGCCGCUCCCGCCUCUCGGCCUGCCCGGUCGCCUCCCUGUUAUUGCCCCAUCCUCCCCUUUCGUCCUGCCCCGUCCCCUCCCCGUUCCUGCCCCAUCCUCCCCUUUCGUCCUGCCCCAUCCUUUCCUCGUCCCUGCCCAUCCUCCCCUUUCGUCUUGGCCCGUCCCUUCCCCGCUCUCCCCUCUCGUCCCUCCCCAUUCCCACCCCACCGGCAGCAGCGCGGCAAUGCGGCGGUGUCCCUCCCCACCCUUGGGCGGAGGGACGGGGACAACGAGUGUGCCUGCCCUCCUCUGGCGGCUUUAGAGAGGGAACAGGGAAAGGGGCAGCCAACAGAUUGGGACCCGAGGGAGGAAAUUCCCCCGGUGCCAGCCCUAUCUUCCUGGUUUUCUGCAGACACGGCCAUAUGGACAACAGAAAAAGGUUGGACACACGCAUCUAGAGUGAAGAAGGUCGAGCAUCAGGAGGAGGCUCCUGAGUGGAGGAUCACCUCUUCUCCAGGCGACCUGAAGAUCAAGCAUCCCCAAGUCCUCAUAAAUGACUGAUGGAUAGGUUGUAUACUGUCAGAUUCUGUAUGCUAUCUGUUUGUACACUUCAAGUGUGAAUAUUGUCAAGGGAUUUUUGUUGUACAUUGCAGAAGGGGGCAGAGGCCAAAGGGAUUGUGCACCCAGUGUCUGGAAGAGGAGCUUGAGCUGACUGCAUUCUAGCCCUAGCCACAAUUUUAGGAAUUAUUGAAUUAGAUUCAAAAGAGUGGUUCCACAUUUUCCAGAACAGGGUGCAUAGAAAACUCAAAUCUAAGGCAGAAAUACUGGAUGUGGAGUGUCGGAAGUCAAGCAAAGUACUGUGCAGCUCAGAUGCUGUCAAGAUGUCAAGGUGGGGCAUGUUUAAGAGGAGGUAUGCAGCAAGGUCUGAGAAUGUAUUCCCUGAAGAAUACUCCUGCCGCCAUGAAGAUGGUCUUCCUCUCUGCUGGUGGCAUCCCAGGUGGCGGAGGCAAAGGCAGAGAAGUAUGCCUGGUGGGAAUCCUGAUUGGCCUGAGCCUAGCCAUAUGCGGGACACAGAGUCUGCACAUUGAGACCCCGAUCCAUGACGGAAAUCAGAGCUCCAUGGAUGAGCUAGUAAGUGCACUCAGAUGGUCCCAAUCGAGCAAAGGGACAAGGGGAUCUCAGCAUACCAAGCCACAGAUCAGAACCUCUGAUCUGUACUGCUGAGAUUUGGAGAAGGUCUUCUUUAAUCUCCUCUCUGAGCUUCUUGUGAUUCUUCUCUAUCUUAUCCUCUAAUUUCUGCAGACGUGUUUCCACUGCUGCGAUUCUGGCAUGUGUUGGGCCAUGCACAGCAUCCGCAUAUGCUCAGAGCUUCUUUGCCAUAUCAGGCACAGUCUCAUCCCUCUCAUCCCUCUUCAUUAUGGCUAAGGCAGAAGCAUAUUCAUGUGGCCCAAGUCACACAAGUUUUCACCACAUCACAGAUGUGCAUGGUACCAAGUCUGGGUUCCUAGUUGUUACAUCAUCUGAGAAGACAAUCUCUGCCACUGCCAUUUCUCUCAGGCAUUGGAUCCCUUGUUCUAUGGUCUUCCACUGUGUUUGCUGCAUAUAAAGAUCAUCUGCACACAGGGAUCUUUGUGCAACACUUUCCAAGACCCAUGCCAGGAGGCUGUGUGGAUUAGCCCCCCUCAUUAUUCCUUGGUCGAUGACAGGAUCAUGUGACAGGGAUUCCACAUGCCUCGCUUCAGUGCCAUCCAGAAUUGUAGCCUCGCCUGCAGCAUCCCAAGGACGAACUAACCAACUAAUUAUGGAUUCAUCAGGUCAUCGGGUGUAAUCCUUCCUUAGGCCACGAAGGUCCUUCAGGGCAAAGGACUCAGUAUUGGCUUCUGAUCUUGCACCUGCUGCUUUGACUCCUGAUUUUAUGUCAGGAGGUGUUGAGGGUCCUUCUCCUGCAUCAUCAUCAUCACCAUCAUCAUCAUCCUCACCCACUGGUCAAUUAGUCUUGUCCGUGCAUUUCCCUCUUCUAGUGCUAGUAGCAACAGCCAUUGGUUGAGGCUUAUUGUCUGGUUUAGCUGCUGGCUUAGGCUCACUAGCUAAUUUGGCCGCUGGCUUCGAGCCUGGGGUGUUGGCUGCAGCCUGAGUGACUGGGAUAGCUGCUGAUUUAUCUCCCUGCCCCCCUGCCUCUGUCUGCUGCCUGACAGUAUCUAGCAGUGUGCGAUAAGCAUAUGCAAAGGCUCAGCUCACUGCAAUGAUCUUCCUCUCCUUAGGGUCAUCCUAGUACUCCUCUUUCAGGUAUUUCUCCACCUCUGCUGGGUUCUGAAUUUUUUCAUGGGGAAAGUCCCAGACUAUAGGAUCAGAGAAUUCCUUCAGUAUUUGGCUCAUAUCCUCCAAUUUCCCACACCACUUAGGAUUUUCCACACCUUGGUCUACUCCUGGGUCAGGGGUCUCAUCAGCCCAUCUAGAAAUCUGGGGGUCUGGCAGGUACUGUUUGAUAAAUGGCACUCGGGUCAAAUUGCGCAGAUCGGGCAAAGAGAUCUUGUGUUUAGAUCUGAAGGCUGGGAAGGAGAACAGGCAGUCAGGCAAGCACCAAUACCGAGUGCCGAAAAGAAAUGUAGAACCAAUGUCAAUCCCUGUUUGCAGCAACUGAACAAUGUGGGUUGGGGAAAAACAAUCAAUUUUUGUAGCGUAUCACCAGGUGAAUCCAUUGUGUUAUGACAAUGUGAAGCUGGGAAUGUGCAUGAUGAACGGGAAAAUGUACUAGGUGGGAAGAAAUAUAAAAUUUGAUAGCAAAUUCACCCUGAACAGAGAGCUGAUCAUAUUGGACUUAGCACAGGCAAAUGAUGAUAGAGUUUGCCUGCAAUAUGACAGGGCUGUCUGUUUUACAAGGAACAAAGAUGGAAUAGAUCCUGAGGGGAAAAUUAACGAGAUUACUCAGGAGCUGAAAAGGAGGGAGUCAGAACUGAGAAAGAAAAGGGUGGAACAGGAAAGAUUGAAAACUUUGGGCAAGCAGUAUUCAGAGACAAUAUGCUGAUGAGGAACUACCUUCCCCAGACCGAAACUUAUUCAUUGAUUUAGUUCAGGAAAUUGCCACAGAACUGGGAUUGUCAAACUGUCGGAUUUGCGGGGGGCUGAAAUCGACAGAGAACUGGCCUUGGAAGGGUGAGGGUUUGGCUCCGGAACAGCUUUUUGAAAUGGGACAAUCCAAGAGUCUCAAAAUUGGCACAGAGACCUGAGGGAUGGGUGUUAGAUCAACGAGUGAUUGGGACAAUCUGCAUCAGUCGAGAAGGGAAAGAAUAUACUGAAAUGGUGGGAUACGUGCUGUGUAUAACCACUUUGUCGGUAUUUAGGUUGCAGAAAAAGAUAAAUAAAUAUUUUUGCAUUUUUGAUAAUUUGGCUUUCGAUUGAUCAUUUAUAACACUGUUCCAUCUGGUUUGUAGUUUAUGAUGCUUUAUCUUUUUCCUUUCAAAGUCUCCUGUACCAGUUUGCCCAGUGGAAAAAUAAUGUAUGUGUUUGCCCUUUGGUUCCUUUCCGAACGGGAUGACUUCCAGAUUGAUUCUGGCAUGCUGCAUAGCCUGAAACACCCUCGUGUGGUGUAAAUGAAGAAUUGAAUAGCUCGCUAUUGUCAAACAUAUGGCUCGCAGAUGCCAGGGCUUGGCUCACAGCAAACAAAGGGAGAUAAAGAAGCAGGCAAUACAUUGAUAGAACUGACACUGAGGCUAUGAGUGGUGGGCAGAAAAGAGAGGGGAAAUCAAUAUCACACAGGGUAUAUUUUGGAUUAUAGAAAUCUAAGUAUUUGCAGUGGGCUUAGGAGGUGCAAAAACUGUGAUAGUAACAGUGGUUUUCUGACUUGAUGUAAAAUGGAAAAUGAACACCACUGCUUGUGGUGCACUUGAAAGAAGUGGCAUUUUCAAUGCAGUGAUGUCUGCAGAGCUUUGUGAUUGAGUGUGUCUGAUGGUUUGAGAUGUUAAAUGAUUCCACUGCAGUCAGGGUAAAAAUGGUAAUGAACAGCUUGGAAGAGUCUGAGUAUACUUACAUGAAAUAUUUAGCAACUAGCUUCUCUCUCUCCAAAUG